GAGGACGUGGAGCCCGCGGCGAAGUCCCGGCGGCUGGAUGCUGGUGCUGCCGCUGCGAAGGCGGCGACCCCAGGCGGCGGUGGCGAGCUGCGGAGCGGCAUGGCGGUGGAGCUCGUCGGCUUCGCGUCCGCGGCCAUGAACGGCGCCAGAGGGAAGCUGGGGAAGUACUCCGAAGCGAAGGGGAUCUGGCAGGUGUUCCUGGAGGGGACGGAGACCGCCAAGGCCGUGAAGCCGAAGAACCUGAAACCGACGGGGGCGCCGGAGCCGGCCAAGAAGGCGGACGCGGCUCCAGCGCCCGCCAAGAAGGCGGAUGCGGCAAAGCAGCCGGCCAAGAAGGCGGACGCUGCGAGAGGCAAGGAUGCCCUGAAGAUGGGCGAGUUCCACGCAAUGCCGAAGCCAAAGUUUGUGAACUUCAAGACGGACUGGCGCCCGGACGACAACAUGCCGCAGGAUAACGACGCCAACGGAUGGCUGGAGGUCCUUCGUGAUGUCUACGUGAGGCAGCUGCGGGAAAUCAACCAGUACCCGGAGCCGCCCCCGUUUCACACCAUCUUCGAGCAGGUGGCGGACCCCACGGCCGCGGACACCAAGGCCGUGAGGCAAGCGCUGACCAUGCAGCUGCAGAUCCUCACCAGGGCCAGAUAUGGCGAGGGCUCGCAGCCCAAUGCGUGGGGCAAGGGCCACAAGGGAGGGCACGUGGCCCACGCCAGCCACGCCGCCAUGGGGAAGCCGUCCUACCCGUGGCAGCAGGCCAAGG